GCCCCGCACCAUCAUGGCCAAGUUCCGGGUAUCUUAUGAGUACUCGGAGGCCGAGGACAAGAGUAUCCGACUGGGCUUAUUCCUCAUCAUCUCCGGGGUCGUGUCCCUCUUCAUCCUCGGCUUCUGCUGGCUCAACCCGGCUCUACAGGACCUGCAGGGAACCACCGCCAACUGUACCGUCCUGUCCGUACAACAGAUCGGGGAGACCUUCGAGUGUAUCUUCACCUGCGGCACCGACUGUAAGGGGACCUCUCUCUACCCGUGUCUACAGAUCUAUGUCAACAACUCCGAGUCCUACUCCAGGGCUCUACUCCACCAGGAUGAGCAGCAACUCAUCACCAACCCCAAGUGCUCAUACAUCCCUCCGUGUGAGAGAGAAAACCAGAAGAAUUCGGAGAGUGUCCUGCGCUUUGAGAAAUAUUGGAAUAAGGAGGUUGGCUUUGAGCCUUUUAUCUGCUACUUUAACCAGCAUAGAAGGCCUGAAGAUGUGCUGCUGAAACGAUCUCAUGAUGCAAAUGUCCUCCUGCAUUGCUUCUUGUGGCCACUAGUAACUUUCAUCGUGGGUGUACUGAUCGUGCUUCUCACCAUAUGUGCAAGAAGUCUGGCUGUUAAAGCAGAGGCUAUACAGAAAAGAAAAUAUUCAUAGAUUGAACGAAAAAUAAAAAUGAAAGCUUCAGUCCAAACCAAAACCCCAUUUACCUAAUAGUCCUCUUGUUGCCUCUUCAUCUCUAUUUUUCUGAACUUAAUAUUUGAGGAUUCGAGCUAAAGGCAGGAUAUUUAUUCAGACUUUUUCUAGACUGCUGUUUCCUGUGGGAUGAAUGCCCAGAAAGGCUCACAACAGACGCAGUUAUACAAGGAGUAAUGUAAUGACUCAUGUUUGGCCAAGUGGAAAGUGAAGCAGGCUGAAACUUUCAUUUCACCUUUGCGAUAAAAUAUUUUUUAUUUGGUAUGUAAACUCUCAGUCAGAAGAAUUUAGUUUUUUUUGUACCAUGUAAUUCUCAAAUAUUAAAGUGUGCUUUUGUAUGUCCUA